AUUGAUGUCAUCGACAUGUCGUACUUGUCCAGCAACGUCAACUCCGUACGACACACGCAUUUUGCGCUCAAUCGGGAGAUACUGGACGAUCUUUGGGAGGUGGUGGUGAUGGGCCGGCGGGCCGCGCAGCGCACAUCCCGACUGGACCACGUGACCGGUAACGUGUACAGCCUAGCUGUAGCACCAGCCUUUAUC